AUGGGGCGGCGGAGCAGGGGGAGAGAAGAUCUGGAGGUGAACGUGCCCAGCUUUUUCCGGUGCCCCAUCUCGCUGGACGUGAUGAAGUCGCCGGUGAGCCUCUGCACUGGCGUGACCUACGACAGGUCCUCCAUCCAGACUUGGAUCGAAACCGGCCACAACACCUGCCCCGCCACCAUGCAGGUCCUCCCCACCACCGACUUGGUCCCCAACCACACCCUCCACCGCCUCAUCCAGCUCUGGUCUUCUCCCUCCUCCGCCUCUCCUUCCGUCCUCCUCCGCCGCCUCCAGUCCUCCCCCUCCGGCGACCCUCUUCCCAUCCUUCGCACCCUCCUGGACCUCUCCACAGAUCCCCACGGUCUCCGCGAGCUAGUUGACGAUCCCGCCGCCGUCCCCGCACUCCAAGGCGUCCUCCUCCGGGAAGACCUCGGUCUGGAAGCCAUGGAGGCGGCAGUCUGUGCUCUCUCUCCUGUUCUCCUCGCCCGCCAUGGAGACGGCGCCGAGUCGCUCGCCGAUUCUCUCACCGUCUCCUCCCUCCUCGCGGUCCUGAAAGGCGAGAGCUUGGAGUCGAGGAUCGCCGCCGCAGAGAUUCUGGAAGCGGCGGCCGCCACUUCCGCCGCCGCCGAGCGGAAGCUCCUCAUUGCCGGCACAGGGGAUCUGCUGGCGGAGCUCCUCCGCCUGGUGAGAGAGGAGGAGGAGGCGGCGGCCGACGCGGGGCUCUCCUGCCUGGUGGCGCUCUCACCGCCGAGGCAAACGCGGGUGGAGAUGGUACGCGCCGGCGCCGUCGCCGUCGCCAGCAAACUGCUGGUGCGGCCGGCGGCGGCGGGGGGCUCCGCCGCAGAGAAGGCGCUGAAACUGAUGGAGGUGGCGUCGACUUGCAGCGAAGGGAGGGCGGCCAUCUGCGAAGACCCCGUGGCGGUGCCGGCCAUCGUGGGGAAGAUGAUGAAGGUGUCGGCGGCGGCUAGGGAGCACGCGGUGGUGGUGCUGUGGAGCGUCUGCUAUCUCUUCCGGGACCGGCGGGCGCAGGAGGCGGCGACGAGGGGAAACGGGUUGAUGAAGAUCCUCCUCCUGAUGCAGAGCAACUGCUCGCCGGCGACCAGGCAGAUGGCCGCUGACUUGAUCAAGAUAUUCCGGGUUAGCGCCAAGGGUCGCCUCACCAGCUACGACUCGAUGGCUACCCACAUCACCCCCUUCUGA